AAUAAAAGGAAUUAUUUUUUAUUUAAAUAAAGUUGUUGAUAAAAAAAAAAAAAUAUAUAAAUAUCUUUAUUCCUUAACUAAGAAAUAUUAUCGAGCAGCAGUAUUAUUUAAAAAAAAAAACAAAAAAAAAAAAAAUCAUUUAGUUUUCUAAUUUAUGUAAAAGCAAUAAAUUGAAACAAUGCGUACGGAUCAAUCGUCACAACGUAACAAUAGUUCCGGUUCUGAAGUAUCCUUGGAUAUACCACCGAAUGCCAUUUACAAUACCUCGCGUGAUUAUAUCGUACAAACCGAGGAGAAUGAAAAGCUUAACUGUUGCACUUUCACGAAAGACUGGUUACGACAAUUGUCGUCCAAUGUGUUUCGAAAAAAAACGCUUUACAAACGCUUACCUAUAUUAACCUGGCUACCGAAAUAUAAUCGCAAUGAUUUCAUUGGAGAUCUAAUGGCUGGUAUUACAGUUGGGCUUACAGUGAUUCCACAAGGUUUAGCUUAUGCUGGCAUAGCUGGACUUGAUUUACAGUACGGUUUAUACGGUUGCUUUUUGGGAUGUUUCAUCUAUAUAUUUUUAGGAUCAAGCAAAGAUGUUCCUGUGGGUCCGACGGCGAUUUCAGCUCUCCUCACUUUUCAAACAACACAUGGUCUUUGGCAAAAAGCGGUACUACUUACAUUUUUAAGCGGUCUUAUCGAAAUAGCGAUGGGCAUAUUUCGCUUAGGUUUUCUAAUUGAUUUCGUUUCGGGACCGGUUAGUGCGGGAUUUACAAGUGCUGGUUCACUGAUUAUAUUUACUUCGCAACUGAAAGAUCUACUGGGCGUGAAUACAAACGGCGAUACGUUUGUUGAUAUGUGGUUUUCCAUAUUCGGCGAUAUACACAAUAUUAGCUGGAACGAUGCUGGCUUGGGCGUUUGUUGUAUUGUCGUAUUAUUAACAAUGCGAGCUAUGGCUGGCAUGAGUUUCGGCCCUAAGGAAGGUAAAACAUGCUGGCAGAAAUUUUUUUCGACUUUAUUCUGGCUAAUUGGAACUUCGCGUAAUGCUGUAUUGGUAGUAGUGUCGGCAAUUGUCGGCUAUUAUUUACUGCAAGCCGAUAUAGAUAUAUUUCGUAUGGUGGGUUAUGUGCCCAAAGGAUUACCACAAUUCCAAUUGCCACCUUUCACAAUGACAACUAUAACAAAUAGCACAAGCGGUGAGGUAACGGAAGUGCAUGAAAGUUUUACGCACAUGGUUAGCAGCUUGGGUUCCGGCUUAAUAGUAGUCCCUUUGAUAUCGUUAUUAGAAAAUAUGGCCGUGGUACAGACUUUCGCUAAUGGCAAGCCAUGUGAUGCCACUCAAGAAUUGAUAGCGGUGGGCGUUUGCAACGUAGUCAAUUCGUUUGCUCAAGGUUUUCGUGGCAACGGUGGCAUUGCUCGGGGUGCUGUUCUCAAUUCGAGCGGUGUACGCACUCAGCUCUCGAAUUUAUAUACAGGCAUCAUUGUUAUAGUCGCGUUACUAUAUUUGACUCCAACAUUUUAUUAUAUACCCAAAGCAACACUAGCAGCAAUCAUUAUGGCUGCCGUUAUUUUCAUGAUACAGUACCGUGUAAUAAAGCCCAUGUGGAGAAGUAAAAAAUCGGAUCUAAUACCUGGCUUAGCUACAUUUGUGGCAUGUCUGGUUUUACCUCUGCAAUUGGGCAUCUUAGUCGGCAUUGGUAUUAAUAUUUUAUUUAUACUCUAUCAUGCCGCCCGUCCUAGAUUGCGCGUAGAGACUUUAUCCACUUCGAAUGAUAUUAAAUACUUAAUGCUUACGCCCGAUCGUUGCCUCAUCUUUCCUUCCGUUGAGUUUGUACGUAACGUGAUUACUAAACAAGGCCGUAAAUCUACGUUACCCGUGGUCAUUGAUUGUACGCAUAUAUACGGGGCUGAUUAUACGGCUGCCAAAGUUGUAUCCACCAUGAUUGGUGAUUUUGAAGAUCGCCAGCAAAAACUUUAUUUCUUCAAUUUGCAACCUCGUGUUGCUCAAGUUUUUGAAAGUCUACACAAAGACCUUACAGUGUUAUACGAUAUGAAUUCACUGGAAAUAAAAUUGUCGGGCAAAGAAGAAGACCAUUCCAAACUAUAAUCGAUACUCUCCUAUGCUAAUAACUCACAUUCAGGUAUUCUCCGUUAGGAUUCCUACAUUUCCGAAUCUUUUUUCGCUUUUAACUUUAAUUUCAUAUCUCAUUAGUACGUGAAAUAUUAAAAUAAUAUUACAUUUUGUAGUAAAUCCUAACAAUAACAAAAAAACAAAAAGUAUUAUAAAUAACUCUCGUUUUGCUUUAGAAAGAAUUUUCAUUAUUUUCCAUUUUUAUUAUACCACGAAAUUCGAUCAUAUUUUAUUUAAAUAAUCGCAUAUGUAAAUGUAUUUUAAUUAGUUUAUAAAUUACGACUACAUGUACAAAGUGCUUUAGUUACUAUCAAUUGUAUAGUUUUAUAUACAAAAUAAU